AUGCUUAAGAACAUGUCUGCCUUAAUUUAUUUCCUCACAUUAAUCCCAUCUCUUUGCUUCCUCAUUUCGCCAUCAAUUUCUCAACUAUCCUUUACUCCGGCCCCGGUUCCGGGCUCUAUACCAUUCCACUAUAUCAAUCGAGGUAACUUUGAUGUUAACAUCGGCGAAUUCGAGUCCGCCUUCCGAUGUGUAGGAAUCCAUAGUCCAAAAUUCUCUUUAUGCUUUUACACCAACAUUAACAUCCUAAAUUCUUUUACCCUUGGUAUAGGCAUGAGCUACCCACCUAAAUGGGUUUGGUCCCCAAACCGGAACAACCCGGUUCGUGACGGGGCUAGUCUUUCCCUAGGGAAAGACGGCAAUCUCGUACUAGCCGAUGAUGAUGGCCGUGUUGUUUGGCAAACCAACACGGCCAACAACGGUGUGAUUGGGUUCAAGUUGCUUGAUAACGGCAACUUGGUAUUAUACGACGCUAAUAACAAUUUUGUAUGGCAAAGUUUUGAUUACCCUUCGGAUACAUUAUUGGCCGGCCAGUCUCUUAAGGCCGGGUUAACUAAUAAGCUCGUAAGUAACGCAUCGCCUUCGAGCUAUUUCGAAGGGAACUACACCUUAGAGAUGAGCCCUAAUAAUGUGUCCUUAUAUUACAAGAGUUCAAACAAUCCAACACCACUUCCUUACUACAGCUAGAAUUGAUCAAAGUAGUAACUCAACGUUUUUUUCCAAAGAGUUCAAAUAUUUUGUAGGAGUUACAAACUUGUUUUUUCAUUUUACUUUCCAAGCCAUUCAAUACAUAACUACAGAUCAUUAUGAUGGUAUACUACGUACGUACAAUGACACGUCCAGUUCGAAUCAACAGUUAGUCGAAACGUGGUACAAUGGCACGUAUUCCUUCCUCCGACUAGACCAUGAUGGUAUACUACGUACGUAUAAUCUCGACCCUAUGAACAGGGUAGGAGGUCUUGACUCCAUAUGGAAAGUAGAGUUCACUCUUUUUAUGGGUGAGCCAUUGAUGAAUGAUAAAAAAAGGGCAACUGAAUGCCAAAUGCCUGAGAAGUGCGGCGAGUUUGGUGUUUGCUAUAAAGGGCAGUGUGUGGCUUGUCCUUCCCCUAGAGGGCUAUUGGGUUGGACGGAAAAGUGUGCGCCGCCCAAGUUGGUGGGAUGCGGUGGUGGUGGUGGUGGGAUGAAUGCCAAGUACUACAAGGUUGGUGGUGUUGAGCAUUUCAGUAGCAUGUACACCGAAGGAGAGGGGCCGAUGAAAGGAAGGGAGUGUAAGGCUAUGUGUAGCAAAGAUUGCAAGUGUGUUGGUUUUUUCUAUGAUGAAGAGAGGUUAAAAUGUUGGGUUGUUUAUGAUCUCAAGACUUUGACGCAAUCUAGUAACCCUAAGCACUUUGGUUACGUCAAAUUGUCUAAUUAAUAACUAUAAUUAAGUGAGUAAUCUUGGUUAAGACUAUGGAAAUUAAGGAUUGAUUUGUCAGCUUUUUAUGUUUGUUUUCAUUGCAAAAACAAAUACUAAUAAAUGUAAUCAAAGGCGAAUUGUUUCAAAUAAAAAUAAUAUAAAUGUUAGUAGAGUAUGCAGUAA